AUGGCUCUCGAGAUCUUCGCCCAGAACAGGACAGACCUGGUGAACCUCAUGGAAUUUUCAGGGAGCCCGCGGCGGCACCAGCUCGCCCAGCAGGUCACCGACAUGCAGUCGCAGGUGUCUGAUCUGAAGCUUCUGGCCGCCGACCUUCCCCGGCUUCGCGAGGUCUUCCUGGGCGCGUGGGCCCCCGACACGAAGCGUCUCUCUCGACACGGAGCAGUCCGGCCCAGUCCCGACGGGCGCGGAGAGCACCCUUCCUUCGCUCGCAGGCGCUCGGGGGUCGCCGACCACCCGCGGCGGCCGUCGCCUGCGACGGCGCUGCGGUGA